AUGGCUAAUGUUGCCGUUGAUAGCAGCUGGCUGACACCGAUCGAGCAUUUCGCCCAUAAAUCUGGGCUCUUCCACGAGCCUGGUCCGACUCUCAUAUCUCCUGAUCUCUUCCAUCCUCCAAGAAGCAACCCAUCCCCGGAUCCCUUUGCGAUUUUCCAGGACUUACCAAACAUGCUUCCCGAAAAGAAGCUGCACUGGACUCAGCGUGUGGCCCUCAUCAGGCACAACCUCCAUGCUGCCAGCCGCACUGGAGACUUUACCUUCUUCAAGACGCUUCAGGCCCACCGCCUCCUUGAAGGGACAGACCACCUUGCUGCCCUCAACGCUGUCAUCGGAGAUGCUGCUGACCAGGUCCUGGCGUCUCUCGACAACUACAACUCGGUCAUGGCCUACGUGCAUGAGGAUGCAUUCAAAAACGUCUACGAGAGCGUCAAGACUGGAGUGCGCGAGCAGGCUGGCAGCUACGAUGACCGCCGUGCCAUCUACUAUGUCGAUGCAGCACAACAGAAGGAGAAGGCGGAGAAGGCAAUCGACAAGAUGAUCAACUCGGCCAUCACCAUGAUCAACGCACAGCCGGUCAACUGCCAGGAGGAGGCGGCCAACGUGUGGAUCUGGGGGACAACCUUCGUGGCAGACGCGAUGGAGGUGUGCCUGGCGCAGGUCGACGCCAUUGAGGCGUGCCUGGACGACUUCAUCCGGCUGGAGAAUGCGUGGAGCGUGGUUCAGAGUGCGGUGGGCGCAUCCAUCGGCGCCAUCAAGGGAAUCUUCAACCUCAUGGCCCCCUGCGAGGCGCCCGAAGCCCAGCAGCACCGCUCAGACGCCACCGAAGGCACCGUUCGCUCCAUGCUCCGCCGCAUGAGCACUGCCAUGACAUCCGGCAUGAAUUCGGCCGCGCCGUCCCGCCGCCAGUCCGUCAUGUCGGUUUCCAACACCAUGCCUCCUGUGGUACCGCUGCAGCACGGUUCCGUCCAGACCGGCCCGCCGCUGCGCGGUGUCGGCUGGAGGUCCAGCGCGUUGAAGCAUAGUAGAGGUCCGAUGGAGCUGAUGCCGACCAUCCCACCCACGCCUGCGGCCGCCAUGCUCAACACCAACCCCUUCGACACUUCGUUCAACGGCAACAACAGCAACUUCUCCGUCGGCGAAGACAUGCCCCCACCUCCAACAGCGCCGCCGCCGACCGCGCACUUCUCAUCCCACACCGGCAGCAGCGCCAACAGCAACAAUGCCUCUCACCAGCAGCAACAGACCUCCGGCGGACCCUCCUCCGCCGGCAGACAACAGACCGCGCAGCGCAACUUCUCCGCCCCUACAGCCACCACCACCUCCUCCUCCAAUACCAACAACAGCAGCAGCAACAACAACAACACCGAAGACAUCGUCGGCUCACCCGGCUCAACGACCACCAGCAGCGUCACGUCGAAUACCAGUAACGGCGUCGGUGGCGGUAGCGGUAAGACGACGACGACGACGACGACGACGCGCCCGCGCAGCGCGAACGUGCAGGACAACACGCGCCCGGUGUUUGACGAUAUGCUGUUCUCCAUGUAA